AUACUAUAAAUAUAUAAUAUAAGUUAUAUCCACCUAAAUAGUAAUUAUUUCAAUUUAAAAAUAUAUUUUUUAAAUUUAUUUUAUUUGAUCUUCAACACGUCUUCACCACAACACAAGAAAGAACUGUUAAAUUGACGUACUCUUUCGAUCCAGAACAACAAUUUGUCAAUUUCCCUUCAAAUUCAAACUUUCCGUUAAUGCAUAAACACAACCGCACUGGUUUCGAGAAAUCUUUUCAAAUUCAAGAAAUUGCAGAAUGAUUUUCAGUUGAGGGAUUGUGAUUCUGGAAUCUGGAUCAUACCCAUGUGAAAAUGACUGGAGGAAAUGAAGAAAUGAAAAAGUCUUUUAUUCAUAAAUUUUUGUCAAUGAGGAUGAAUAGUGGAGAUGAAGGAAAAUUAAGGAAAAAUUCUUAUGAUCCCACAGAAGUUGCUAGCGGGAUUCGUGUGUUGGAUUCUAUGGCAAUGAGUCAUGAUAUGCAGUCCCUCAGGGUGUUUGCGGCAACUUGGAAUGUCGGGGGUAAACCUCCUUCUAGUGAUCUUGAUCUUGAUAACUUUCUGCAAGUUCAUUGUCAAUCUGAUAUAUACAUAUUAGGUUUUCAGGAAAUAGUUCCUUUGAACGCUGGAAACGUGUUGGUUAUAGAAGACAACGGGACUGCAGCAAAAUGGCUAUCGUUAAUAAGUCAAUCCCUUAAUAAAUCAUGUAACAUCAAUUACAGUCCUAUAAAGAGAACAAAUACAAAUUCAUGUUCUUUUGAAAGGAAUUGUAGUGGCAGCGGCUCGCUGUUCUUGCAAAGAACGUCCCUUAAAACAGCCAAUAAAGCCUUUCGAUCAGAGAGUCGAAGAAGACUUAAGAGUUGCAACUGCAACGUUGUCGAGCCUGAAAGAAAGAUUUACGGCAAGGAUUCGUGUUUUGCGUGUCCAAAGUCAAAGUCAAAUGCUUGUGAUUAUGCAUCUUCGUCAGAAGAGGAUGAUAACCUUUAUAAAAGUGGCGUGUCUGCUGAUGUCAGCACUGCCACACCCCCUCGCAAGAAUCAACAUUUGAGAUAUAGUCUUAUAAAGAGCAAGCAAAUGGUGGGAAUAUUUGUUACAAUUUGGGUUAAAAAUGAGCUUGUUCCGUACAUAGGCCACUUAAGAACUUCUUGCAUAAGUCGCGGGAUUUUGGGUUGUCUCGGAAAUAAGGGUUGUAUCGCAGUGAGCAUGACCUUCAAGCAAACGAGCUUUUGCUUUGUUGCGAGUCACUUAGCAGCAGGAGAAAAAGAAGGAGAUGAGCUUCGUAGGAAUUUAGAUGUUAUAGAGAUACUUAAGAGCACACAGUUUCCAAAGAUCUGCAAGAUACAAAAUACUAGGGUGCCGGAUAAAAUUUUGGGCCACGAUCGCGUCAUUUGGUUAGGGGAUUUAAACUAUCGAAUAGCUCUUAGUUACCAUGAAACUAAGAAACUUUUGGAGCAGGAUAAAUGGGAUGUCCUUCUUAACAAGGAUCAGCUUAAGAUUGAAAGAAAAGCUGGCAGAGUAUUUGCAGGAUGGAAAGAGGGGAAGAUCGGUUUUCCACCAACAUACAAAUACUCCUACAACUCAGAUUUGUAUGCUGGAGAUACCAUACAAUCGAAGAGCAAAAGGAGAACACCUGCAUGGUGUGACAGAAUACUGUGGCAUGGGGACGGAAUCCAUCAAAAGUCAUAUGCGCGUUGGGAUUCACGGUUCUCUGACCACCGUCCCGUUUGUGCAACAUUUUUAAUAUUUUUACAUCAUCUAAGGCAAGUAAAACAAAACAAAAAAUGCUGGUCAAACAGUCAAUCCGAGAAUUGACCCAAGUCAACAUGAUCUAAAUCAAGUUUAAGCACAUUCCUUUGUGCAGGUAUUAAGAAGACCGAUUGUGGCUGCUGAUCAACGACGGAUGCUUGCGAGUUUUGACAAGUCAAUGAAUACAAAAAUGUAUAAUAAUAAAAACUUUUAAGUUCCUAUAAGUGUACAUAGCAGCAACAUUCUUCAAGUAUACCAGAAGAAAGAAAUGAAAAUAUAUGCUUUUGCAGUCUCAUCUUGCAUCUUGAUUCUCUUUCAAGACGAUGAAUACAACGAUAAUGGUUUACAAGAUUAGCCAUUUUUUUAUAUUUUAUCAUUUGUAACAGUUUUAAGUGGUUUGAAAAGUUGGUUGUAUUUGACUUUCAGAAAGUCAACUAGAUCAACCUUUGUUACAAUCACUAUUUUCUGUAUUUAUAUACUGAAGUGAGCUCUAUAUUUUGAUUA